GCAGAGAGAGGCGGGGGAAUGCGAACAACCGACUGACUGGAGGUCUGCUGCGGGCAUAGUCGGUGCAGGCGACGCUGAAAUAGGUGGGGGGAAAAGUUCCUUCUCAUUACCUCUGCGACAACACAGAGCACGGACAAGCACGACCAGGGAAAUUUAAGUCCAGCCGUUAUCCCAGUCAGACAUGAGGAGCCCUCCAGGCCUGGGACGCUGAGCAGCUGAGGUCAGAGUUCAAGCUCUUGUUCCGGCAGUCAUGGCCGACAGGGAGGGGCUGGCCAUCGCCCCGGGCCAGGUCUACAUCGAAGUGGAGUACGACUACGAGUACAAGGCCAAAGACAAGAUGGUGACUAUCCGCCAGGGCGAGUGCUACAUGCUGGUGAAGAAGACCAACGAGGACUGGUGGCAGGUGAAGAAGGAGGAGGGCACGAAGGCGUUCUACGUACCAGCGCAGUAUGUCAAGGAGGUGCGCCGGGCACUGCUGCCCCCGCAGAAACCCGCGCUGAGGGCCAAGCCCACCGUUCUAGAUAUCUGCCGGGCAUCCGACGAGAACCUCAACAGGCCUCAGCCGGAAAUGUCCAGCUUUGGGCGCCCUUCGCCGUCCUCCACGCCCUCGCCGUCGUCCGACCGCGUCACACCACCCUCGCUGCCCAAGGACGCUAACCAGAACAUGGGGAGUCCGCAUCACUGCAAGCUGGUGGCCGAACUGGUACUUCUUCACAACAACAACAACCACCACCACCACCACGCCAACAACUCCACGCUGCCACGGACUCGGGCCGAUUCGCCUCCUCUCAAAGUGGCAAACAACAGUCCGGAUGCCGACAAGUCCUCCCCCCCGUCUGAGCCGCCGGCAGAGGCGCUCUGCAAGCUGCGCAACGACUCCGAGUCUGGGGACGAACUGAGCAGCAGCUCGACCGAACACAUGCAGACAACGUCGCCCACAGGUCAGGGCCGGUCCGACUCGCCCGUCUACACCAACCUCCAGGAGCUGAAGAUCUCUCAGUCCAGCCUGCCACCCGUCCCCUCAGGCUCCCCGCUUCACAUCCUCGGCGACUGGGAGACCCACAAAGACCUGAGCGGCAGACAUUUCUACUACAACAGGGCCUCCGGGGAGCGCACCUGGAAGCCGCCACGCACCAGGGACACCACCAGCAGCAGCACCAGCAGUAUCCGAGGAGACAGCCAGGGCACAGCGGAGAGCGAGCCACUGUCCUCAGAGGAAAACUGCCACAGCACUCACUCCAGUCAGUCCGACAGCCAGUAUGGAUCGCCCCCUAGAGGCUGGUCUGAGGAGCUGGACGAACACGGGCACACCCUCUACGUGUCUGAAUAUACCCAGGAGAAGUGGAUCAAACAUGUGGAUGAACAAGGCCGACCCUACUACUACAGCGCUGAUGGAUCCAGGUCAGAGUGGGAACUGCCCAAGUACAAUAUCUCCCCUCAGUCUGGUGAGGUUCCUAAGAGUCGCAGUCUGGAGAGGAAGCAGCAGGAUCCCAUCGUCCUGACCAAGUGGAGGCACAGCACCUACGUCUUAGACCUUAACGACAAGCUCUCCUUCAAACUCCGACGGUUUUCUUCUGACCCGCGCAAGAAGAGAUUGCGUCUCUCUCUUUACCGUGAUAAAGAGAGUGCUCCGGCGCCCAAGCUGAGCUCUCCAGAUUCUGACUCCUGUCCCUCAUCUCCUAAGCACCCCUCAACCCCUUCAGAGAAGUGUGGAGUCCUCAAUGUCACCAAAAUCACAGAGAAUGGAAAGAAAGUCAGGAAGAACUGGACCUCGUCGUGGACCGUGCUGCAGGGCUCCUCUCUGCUCUUUGCCAAGGGUCAGGGGGGCAGCACCAGCUGGUCGUACUACCGCAGCGGCUCUAUCCCCGAGCUGCUCCUCACUCUUCUUAGCAGCUGGAAGCGCUCAGUCAAGCCCCAUCCUGCUGUCUCCUAUGUGAACUGUAGGCCUGUGCAGGCUGCCGCUAAGUUUGGCAGCACUCAGUCGAAGCCUGAGUUCACCGUAGAUCUGCGCGGGGGUUCGGUGGACUGGGCCUCCAAGGACAAGUCGAGCAAAAAGCACGUCAUCGAGCUGAAGACGCGUCAGGGCACAGAGCUGCUGAUCCAGUCAGAGAUCGACAGCGUCAUCAAUGACUGGUACCGGGCCCUCACUGAGGCCAUCAACACUCACGCGUGGGAGUCGGAUGAGGCCAUUGAGGAGGACAUGCCUGAGUCUCCAGGAGCUGAGAAACAGGACAAGGAGAAGGACCACCGAGACUCCAAGAAGAACAGAGUGAUGAAGACCUCUGUGAGCAUGGACUCCUCAGACCAGAAGAAAACCAGGCUGAAGCUGAAGAAGUUCCUGACACGCAGACCCACGUAUCAGGCCGUCCGGGACAAAGGAUACAUCAAAGAUCAGGUGUUCGGCUGCAGCCUGACCAGUCUGUGCCAGCGGGAGAACACGUCAGUGCCCAACUUUGUCAGAAUGUGCAUCGACCACGUGGAGAACACAGGUCUCAGCGUUGACGGCUUGUACAGAGUGAGCGGGAACCUGGCAGUGAUCCAGAAGCUCCGCUUUGCUGUGAAUCACGAUGAGAAGGUGGAUCUGAACGACAGCAAGUGGGAGGACAUCCACGUCACCACCGGAGCCCUCAAGAUGUUCUUCAGGGAGCUUCCAGAGCCGCUCUUCACAUACGGAUCCUUCAAUGACUUCGUGAACGCCAUCAAAUCCUCCGACUACAAGCAGCGAGUGAAUUCAAUCAAAGACUUAAUCAAGAAGUUGCCAAAACCGAACCACGACACAAUGCAAGUCCUCUUCAAACACCUGCGGAGGGUUAUAGACCACGGGGAGGCCAACCGAAUGACGACCCAGAGCGUGGCCAUCGUGUUCGGCCCUACGCUGCUGCGGCCUGAGACGGAGACGGGCAACAUCGCGGUCCACAUGGUUUACCAGAACCAGAUCGUGGAGCACAUACUGCUCGAGUACGAGAGCAUUUUCGGUAGGUAGAGGUGCCCCCCACCCCUCCCCCUCCCUCUUACCCCCGCCUCGCACGGAGGAGGACGCUUUUCAGACAUGGACUUCUCUCCAUUUCCGCCAUUUCUUUGACUGAACUGAACAUUGCUGUGGACCAAGCAGUUCGGAGGAGGAAAAAAAAAACAGGUUUCAUCCAUUGACAGUUUACGAAGGCGUUGCACUUACUGACGUUUUGGAGAUGAAUUUAAAAAGAGUUGUACAAUAAGACAUCACCCGAUUUUUUCAGUUGCCAUUCCUGCUGCAUGUAGCAGGCCGGACGAUGGGACGUUUUUUUAUUUUUAUUUUUCUUUCCCAGAGUGGUGCCGUGUUGACGUGCGGACGUCCGUUUGAUUUUGUGGAUUUGAGCAUUCAGGUGUUUUUACAUACACUGGAUCCCUGUGGCCAGUAAACGGAAAAAAUGAAAAAGUGAAAGCGGAGCCGGGUCCUGGCGUCUCCCUUCUGGUGGGACCGCGGCCCGCGCCGCUGCUCCCGUGGCAUUAAAGGCCGAGAACCUCCUCACCUCUCCCAAUAUGAACUGGAUGCGUUUUCUGUGUCGUGGAGCCUCGUCUGUGAUGUGUGAGCCCCUCUGUGCUUCUGGAUCAGAUGGAACAGAAGAAAUAAUAAUAAUAAUCAGUGUUAACAGACUUUCUCUUGGCACUUGGAUGAAGUGGAGUUACACAUCGUGUCCUCGACUUUCCACAAUCCCACUCAACCUUAGUGACUCCAUAAACUACUUCACUCCCACUCCUGAGCCCGUAUCCCCCCCCCCUUUCCAACCAGUGUUAUUAGCCAUUAACCCCAUCGCACACGCGUGUCCCGUGACUUGAACCCUGCAGGACCAGCCCUCCGUCUGUUCGUGUGACCGAAUUAACCUAAAUGGAACAAAAGCUGAGCAGAAGCAUCGUCGUCUCACCACUUUGUGCAAACUGUGUGUCGUGUAGUCUAACGUGCUUUUGGUAAAAGUUUCCGUUACACUCCUGGAGGAGCCCCCCCCCUCGUCGUCAGACGUCCUGGUGUGACUGGAAAACAAAGCGGAUUUCCGACCCUUCUCCUUCCUCAACUCAGCUAAGGUUAAAGAGUAUUCAGAGAAGGGAAGCGGUACUGAGAAUAAAUCAACUGUCGUUGUUGUGUGGGAGUGAAUGGGUGCAAAGAAGAGCCUUUAAAAAAACAUUUCAGAGCAUUAUAUGUACAGAAACUAGCUGUUAAGACAUGUCCUAGUUGACUGAGGUGUGUAUGAUUUGACGGUGAACUGGUGAAAGAGUUUUGAUUUUGUACAUUUGAAUUAAAAACGAGAGAAUACACAGACUGUGGGGUUAAAAAACAAAAAACUAAAAAAAAACACAUGAUCGACUGUUACUUUUGUCUGCAGGUGUAUCUGGAGUGUUUGCGCAUGGUCAGCUGCACAUUUUGAAUGUAAUUUUCAGGCUAACUGCUGUUUGUGAAAUUGCUAUGUCUAAUAAUAAAAAAAAGGACAAAGUGA